CUUCCCUCUUCUAACUGAUCAGCUCCUGAACAGAAGAGUCAUCUUUCAGCUUUGCGCAAUAGUCAUGUGUCCUCCUAGUUAAUCUCGCAUCUCUGGUCUCUCCAUCUUUGCUCCCUCUGAUUUCGUUAGCCCUUUCCAAUUCCCAUACUCUAUCGGUUCCUUCAUCAGUUCGAUCAAUACCAUCCACUAUGUCCCGUUUUAAAAACCCCAACAGAGCAUGGCAAGAAGUCGCCCAAGAAGCCCAAGCCCACCGAGAAUCCACUGUCGCCUCCCUCUCCUAUCCACUCCCGGAACUCCCCUCCCCUCUCCCUUCUAACGUCUUGUGCAUCCCCUCUGACCUACUCGAUCCAUCCAUCAUCACCAUCACAAAUCUCCUACCAGAACAGCUCUUGGAAUCUCUUCUCACUAACAAACUCACCGCAACCGCCGUCACAAACGCGUUUCUCCAGCGCGCCGCAUUAUGCCAAAGCCUCGUAAACUGCCUCACUGAGCUUCUCCCUUGCCGCGCCCUCGCUCGAGCAAAAGAAUUAGAUCACUAUUAUCAACAACACGGUCACCCUAUUGGACCGCUUCACGGCCUCCCCGUGAGCGUAAAAGAACACAUCGGGAUGUCCGGGCUGCGUUACACUACUGGAUAUGUCUCUUUCUGGAACAAAACUGCCAAAGAAGACGCUCACGUGCUCCAAAUCUUGUCCCGCGCUGGAGCAGUGUUUCACUGCCGGACGACUAUCCCGCAAACAAUGAUGCACCUGGAAACCGAUAGUAACCUUUUCGGUGUAACCGUGAACCCUUAUAAUUCAGCUGUAACAGCAGGCGGUUCAUCCGGCGGCGAGGGAGCCCUCAUCGCCCUACGAGGAAGUUGUCUGGGUAUUGGCAGCGACGUGGGCGGCUCAAUCCGCUCCCCAGCCGCAAACUGUGGAGUCUACGGUCUCAAACCCACCGCAUUCAGAAUCCCAACAGAUGGCUGGGGUUACAUGAUGGCCGGCGCCGACACAGUAGACUCCGUUCUUGGCCCGCUUUCAACAUCCCUCGCCGGCCUAGCCAUAUUUAUGAAAACAGUCAUCGACUCCUCUCCUUGGCUGGCCGAACCUGCCCUCAUACCCAUACCCUGGCGACCCUACACCAUUCCCAGCGACCGCCCGCUCAGAAUCGGCAUUCUCUCACACGACGCCGUCGUUCGGCCCCACCCUCCCAUAACCCGCGCUCUCUCCCUUCUAGCCUCGCGGCUACAAUCCGCGGGGAUCCAAACUGUCGAUUUCCAACCCCAUCUCCACGACGAAGCCUGGGCCAUCAUCUCUAGUCUGUACUUCACCGACGGCGGAGCUGACGAUUCAGAAUCCAUCGACUCAUCCGGCGAGCCCUGGCGUCCACUAUCAACCUGGAUCCUGAAGCAGAACCCCUGUGUUAAGAAUCUUUCCGUCGGAGAACUGACAUACUGGCUCGAAGAACGUGAGACCUACCGGAAAGAAUACGCCAAGCAUUGGAACCAGAUGUCCGUUGACGCGAUACUGUGUCCCGUUGGUCCUAGCGUUGCGCCCAAGCAUAAUACAGCGAAAUACUGGCCUUACACUAGUCAAUGGAAUAUACUAGACUAUCCGGCGGCGGUGUUUCCUGUGUGUAAAGUUGACAAGGACGUUGACGUUGCACCGGGACAUUUCAAGGCGAUGAGUGGGCUGGACAAGGAGAAUUGGAAGCUGUAUGACGCGGAAAUGUUUCAUGGGUUGCCUGUCAGUUUGCAGCUCGUGGGCAGGCGGUUUGAAGACGAGAAGGUUCUGGGCAUUUUGCAGCAUAUCGUGGAAAAAUGCGGCUUGCCGUUU